AUGGCAAGAGUGGAUGGCCUUGGGAGGGAUGGGAGAGGUCACGGAGUGAGCUUGCCAAUGGCUUCAUAAUGCAGGUGAAGGGGGGCGCGGACAAGCAGAAUGGCUGCGAGGGGAGGGGAGGACACAUCAUGAGUUCUAUUAAGGGCGUGUUGAGUUUGAGGUGUGCCUUUGAGCUGCCAAGAGGCGAUGAGUAAGUUGUUGGAACCCAGAGGCCAGAGCGGGGAAUCUGAGAGAUCAGUGUGUGGCUCGGGUUGGAAGCCCGGGCCAAGGAGGGGAUCACUUGGGAGGACGUGCAGAAGAGAAGAGGGCCCAGGACCAUGCCUGGGGGAGCUCUUUGCAUUCAACGGCCAAGGAGAGGAGACUGACCAGGCAAGGCACAGAGAGGGAGGCAGCAGCCUGCCCUGCGGCAGAGGCGCGGGACAAGCCAGCAGGUCCCUUCUUCCCAGAAGACCGGAGCCUGCCCCUGGGGUUAGCCGACGAGGAGGCCGCUCGCGGUGACUUCAGCAAAACCUGAGUUUGUGGGGGUGCAAUUUCUGGACCCGGCUAAGGGGUGUGAGCGCUGCGGGAAGGUCGCCAGUCUUGGGAAACUGAGCUGUAAGAGGAAAGAGGAUGAGGUAGGGGUUUGAAGGUGGCAGAGGCGUGAGCAAAUCUGAUGCCAAAGGGAAAGACGUUUACCUUCUGGCCGUAUCCACGUCUGAGGGGGCAGAAAAGGUAGCGGUGCGGGAAUGGAGCGAUCGAAGGGGGAGCCUCCCUUUAGAGCAGGAGGGGUGGCUGGGCGCCUGCCAGAGCACAGGGGGUGUGCCUGCAGCGGGAGCCAGCACCCGGGGAGGGAGCCAGUCAGUGCCCCGGUGAUGGUCACGGGCAGACCCAGGGAGCGGGCAGGGAGCUCUGAUUUAGAGUUUGCCGACAUCCGUGGUGUAUUCUCACUAUGGCCAAUGUCGAGCUACCAGCCUGACUUUGCUGGCGGGGCAUUUUGACAAUUGGCUCGGGUUCAGAGCCCUGCAAUGGUGCGUGGCUGUGGGGUCAGGACAGAGAAGGGGCGGGGGCCAGCGGACAGGGACCCGCGGGCAUGCAGGCUCACAUAGCCAGGUGCUCCCAGUCUUUCCACCUGGUGGCAUGCGAGCCCUCCCCCAUCCAUCCUUCCUUCCUUCCUUCCUUCCUUCCUUCCUUCCUUCCUUCCUUCCUUCCCUCCGUCCUUCCUUCCAUUCUCUCACUUGGCCUAUGGCUUUUUUGUUCCCUCCUUCCUUUUUUCUCAUCCUUCUGCCCUUGCUGGCUGCUUAGCCAUAGACAAGGAAAAUGGAGUUCUUAUCCUCAUGGAACUCAUGACUGAUGGGGAUCCCACUCAGGCUCAAGUUGGUGCCCAGAAAUCUGGUGAGGUGGAGGGGGCAGGAGGCGCUCGGUGGCUUCUCAGACACCUGGACGUCGGGCAGGGACAGGGAAUGAGGUGCUUCGGACAAUGGAAGGGCACUGCCUGGGCAAAGGUGCCAUAGCCUGGUGUGGCUGGGCCUCAGGUGCCAGUGGGGGCUUUCAGGAGCAAGCAAGGCUGGACAGAGGGCAGGACCCAGACGCCCCCCCACCCCCGGCUCUGCAGAUCCCAUGGGUUUAACUUUGUACAAAGAUGACCAAGGGCAGUUGAAGUGUUCAGGACCAAAGAGUGAUGCGGUCAGAUCUGCACUGUAGAAAAAUAAUUCUGGCUACAGUCUGGCCCUGGGGGUGGGAGUGUCCGGAGUGGAGACAGGGAGACAGUGGGGAGGCUGCAGCUGGCCAGGCAGGAGGUGACUGGUGGGCCCCGGCUGGAGAAGCCAUAGGAGGUGGAGAGGAAGGUGAAUACAGUUAACAUUUUACUGAUCUGAGCGCUGGCUAUCGGCCAGGCCCCGUUCUCAGCACGCUAGAUGUAUCCCUCCUGCUCCCCUCCAGUCAACUCCUGGAGAUACACGCUGUUAUUCCCCCAUUUCACAGAGACAGGCUUGGGGAUGAGAGGACCAGGUAAGGCGGUCGGAGAGUAGCAAGAGUAAAUCGAAGAGCCCGCUCUGGCCUGACCGCCGUCCCUGAGACGCCAGCCCUGGACAAGGAUGGGCCAGAGGUUGGAGAUGAGGAGUUUGGUAGGACGUGUAGUCUGGGGCCCUCCGGGACAUCCAAACAGAGAUGCCCCUGCAGAGUUAGCCGUCCUUCAGGCCUGCGGCUCCGGGAGAAGCUUUGACAGUAGAGGUGUGGAGAUCCUGAGCACAGCGAUGUGCUGGUGGCCGUGGCCGUGGCCGUGGGCGCACUUGGCCAGGAAGCAGGUGGAGAGUGAGGAGAGGCGCAAGCACAGGGAGCUGCAGUGGGAGGGGCCGGGGAGGAAGGGCAGAGGCAAAGGAGCCGCCAGGGGCAAGGGGGAGGGGUGCUGCCCGGAGCGAGCAGGGGAAGGGGUGGAGGAAGAGGAUGUUAUCGGCCUUCCACACGGCAGAGGCAGGUUGAGAAGUGUCCACUAGAAGCAAAGAACGGGGUCACUAUCAGGCCUGGCUGGAGCGGUUGUCAUGGGGCAGCGGGGGCAGGAGCGAGAAGGCCUGAGUGGCAGGCAGGGAGCGGGGCCACACCGGGGCCUGCCUUUCCACAGCGUGGCCGAGAAGGGGGGCGGGGCGAGGGCUUACUGGUGAGAAACGAAGGUUUCCUUUUAGCGUGUCCUAAAAUUUUCCACUUACCGCCUCGAUUUUAAUUAAUUUGUAGAGCUUUGGUAACUUAAUCCUACCGGGAACUUACAAAGCACAGUGAAACCUCAGCUAGCCAGAAUGCUUGGCGAAUGAGCCAGCCACUCUGGAAAGUGAACAUUUAUUUGAGUGAAAAUAUUUGAAACAUAGGAUUUCUUUUUUAAAACGUUUUCAGUAUGGAAAUAAUCAUGUAAACACAUGCAGUAGAGAGGGGACUAAUGAGCGUGCGCAUCCCCGCCAUCCAACUUGAACAGCAGCUCUAGACCAACCCUGUGCCCUCCGUGCCCCGCACCCCCAAGCUCUGAGCUCCGGGACCCUGGGAAGCAGAUCCCAGACAGGAUAUCAGUUCAUCGGUUCAGCUUUCCUACUUUUCUCUAAAAGACGAAACACUUUUUUAAAAAAAUGUAACCACAGUACCAUUAUUACUCCUAAUUACUGUCUUUAACAGUAAUUCCUUAUUUUAAUCAAAUAUUCAUUGUUCAGAUUUCCCCCAACAGUCUCAUUUUCCCCAGUGGGUUGGUUAAAAUUAGGCUCCCAACAAGGUCCACACAUUGCAUUUAAUUGCUCUGUUAGGACUGCCUUUCUUUUCUUCGUGGCAUUUAUGUGUGGAGGAAACCAGGCUGCUUGGAAACAUGAGUGUUAGGGAAUGUGGGUCUGAGCUGAGCGCCCCGGCAGAGCGAGCAGGACAGGGAAGGCCAGGGCGGGGCGGGGUGCAGGGGGCAGGGAUGAUGACCAGACAGUUGGGACACCUGUCUGUGGGAAGGAGGCAGGAGGCGGAGGCCCGUCCUGAGCAAGGGGAGAGGACAGGGCUGCUGAGGGCCGGGGCCUGUGCUCAUGAUCCCUGAGGCCUCAUGGCUGCUGGAGCUGAGGGAAGGUGGGAAGAUGGCCUGAGCCCAGGAACAGGGGCAGAACCAGGAGCGUGAGAGGUCAGGGGUCAGGCUGGAGAUGAGGGAGGGGCUGGGCCUGAGGUCAGGCCUAGAAGGAACAGGAUGUCUGUGUCAGGGAUGAAGGGAGAGGACAGAGCCAGAAGCCAGCUCCUCCCCACCUGGCCCAGUCCCCGGAGCCCCUCCCUGGCCUCCCAGCUGCAGCUCCUCCCUGGGGCCCGGACACCAGAUCCCUUCACAAUGCUGGUGGUCGGCAGCCCCAAGCCCUGGCGCUGCCUUCUCCUCCUCCUGCUCCUGGGCCCCCACAGCCCUGAGGGGGCCAGUCCCCCUCAGAGAAGGUUUGAGUAUAAGCUCAGCUUCAAAGGACCAAGACCAGCGUUGCCCAGGGCAGGAAUACCCUUCUGGAGUCAUCAUGGAGGCCUUGAUGUUACCUCCUUCCACCCCCCGGCCCUGCCCCGGCCAGGGAGAGCAUGCUGCGGCAAGAGGGGACGGUGGGGCCCCGGGCCUGAGCUGCCCUGGUCCACAGAUGCCAUGCUGGGCCUGGAAGAAGUGCGGCUGGCCCCAUCCUUGCAGAACCGCAGCGGCGCCGUGUGGAGCAGGGUCCCUGUCCUCUUCUCGGCCUGGGAGGUGGAGGUGCAGAUGCGGGUGACUGGGCCGGGGCGCCGGGGAGCCCAGGGCGUGGCCGUCUGGUACAAACGCGGCAGGGGCCAAGUAGGCUCCGUCCUGGAGGGGCCAGCCUCGUGGGACGGCAUCGGCAUCCUCUUCGACUCCUUGGCCGAGGAUGCCCAGAACAGCCCCGCCGUCCGCGUGCUGGCCAGCGAUGGGCACACUCGCUACGAGCCUCGUGGUGCCCACAGGGACGGAGCCAGCCGGGUGCUAGGCUCCUGCCACUGGGACUUCCGCAACUUGCCGUACCCCUUCAGAGCACGGAUCGCCUACUGGGGGCAGAGGCUGCGCGUGUCCCUGAACAGUGGCCUCACUCCCAACGACCUAGAUGAGGUCUGCGUUGACACGGGUCCCCUGCUUUUGGCUCCUGGAGGUUUCUUUGGGGUCUCGGCAGCCACCAGCACCCUGGCAGAUGACCAUGACAUCCUGUCCUUCCUGACCUUCAGUCUGAGUGAACCGGGUCCGAAGCCUCCCGCCCAGCCCUUUCUGGAGAUGGAGGAGCUCCGGCUGGCGAGGCAGCUGGAAGGGCUUCGGGCAAGGCUGGCCCUGGGCACCAGGGAGGAUGUGAUUCCACAGCUGAGCUCCGAAGCGCAGGAAGAGGGGGAAAGAAGCUUUGGCCUGGAGGAGACGCUGGGCAGACACCGCCAGAUCCUGCAGGCUCUCCAGGGUCUGUCCAAACAGGUGGCCCAGGCUGAGAGGCAAUGGAAGAAGCAGCUGGGGUCCCCGGGCCACGCCAGGCCUGCGGGAGCCUGGGAUUCUGCCAAGGUCAGCGCCCUGCUCCAUGGACAGAGAACUCUACUCCAGCACCUGCAAGAGAUGAGGGAUGCAGCUGCCCACGUGGCCUCAAGAGCCCAGCUCUUCUAUCUGCCUGUGGGCACCAAGCAUCAUUUCUUAGAGCUGGAUCGGAUCCUGAGCCUCCUGCAGAAGGACCUUCAGGGCCCACUGACUCGCGAUGCCAGCAGGGCCCUGGAGACCCUUGGGUCCAACCCCCUUCAGUGACCAGAAGGGAAACAGGAGUACUCAGACUCAGUGGUGAAGCCCUCCCUUCCCUGUGCCCCAUCUUGCUCUUACCUUUGCCCUCACCAUUAUCCUGUCUUUCGCUCUCUGCUUCUCUCUUUCUCAUCUCUAGACCCUUCGGAGCCCUGAUGAUCCUAGGCCCUAGACCUUCCCAGCUGUUCCCACAGAUGAUGGAGCCAUGGAAGCUAGGGUGGGGGAUGCAGCUUUGUACUCUGACCCCUCUCCAAGUUCCCUGGUGAAAGGCAGGGUGCCCCAAGCGUGGUGAAAGGAGGUAGAGCCCACACAUGGCCCAGAUUCCAGGUCCCCUUUUUCCUUUUGGGUAAGAAGCCGCUCCAGGACUUUAGAAUGUCCCC